AUGGUCCCGGGAGUAUCCUCUGUCGACCUCCCCGAGGACAGCAAGAAAUUCAACAGCCACUCGCCAGAUCCACAAACAAUCACCAAGAUCGUCAUCACGGCAUCGGUAGUCGGCUGGUUCGUCUUUGGCAUCAUCAGCAUCCUCGUCAUCAACGGCAACGGCAGAGCGGGAAGAUGGGUGCCCGAGUGGUACCUCGACUCGCGGGGAAGAAUGAAGCACAAACUCGCCGUGCUGGGGUGGUGGGUGUUUGUGGUGCUGUUCUGGCCACUCAUCUGGAUCGGGUACACGGUGAAGAAGAUUGUGGGGGUUUUUGCGUAUUGUGUGGGGAAGUGGAGAAAGAGGGGUGAUGGGUUGAAAAAGUUGAAUUCAAAAGCGUCGGCGGAUGAGAAAGUAUGA